GUUCACUACUGUUAGAAUCGAAGAUAAAUCCAAAUACUGCAUAUCAAAAACAGCAGGACACCCUGAUUGUUUGGUCAGAAGCAGAAAACUAUGAUUUAGCACUGAGUUUUCAAGAAAAAGCUGGCUGUGAUGAAAUUUGGGAAAAAAUCUGCCAGGUUCAGGGUAAGGAUCCUUCAGUGGAAGUCACGCAGGACCUGAUAGAGUCAGAAGAGGAACACAUCGAGGAGAUGCCUGAAACCAGCCCUCUGAUUGACCUUCCUACUUGUGAACUCAACAAACUUGAAGAGAUUGCUGACCUAGUUACCUCUGUUCUUUCCUCACCCAUCCGUAGGGAAAAGCUGGCCCUGGCCUUGGAGAACGAGGGCUACAUUAAAAAACUGCUGCAGCUUUUCCAAGUCUGUGAGAAUUUAGAGAACACCGAAGGUUUGCAUCAUUUGUAUGAAAUUAUUCGAGGGAUUUUGUUCCUCAACAAAGCAACUCUGUUUGAGGUGAUGUUCUCUGACGAGUGCAUCAUGGAUGUGGUUGGAUGCCUGGAGUAUGAUCCUUCUUUGGCUCAGCCAAAACGGCACAGGGAGUUCUUGACCAAAACAGCAAAAUUUAAGGAGGUUAUUCCUAUUACAGACUCUGAACUCAGGCAAAAAAUCCACCAGACUUACAGGGUACAGUAUAUUCAGGACAUCAUCCUCCCGACACCAUCUGUUUUUGAAGAGAAUUUUCUUUCUACCCUCACUUCCUUUAUUUUCUUCAACAAAGUUGAGAUUGUCAGUAUGUUGCAGGAAGACGAGAAGUUUUUAUCAGAAGUUUUUGCACAAUUGACAGACGAAGCUACAGACGAUGACAAACGGUGUGAACUGGUGAACUUCUUCAAGGAAUUCUGCGCCUUUUCUCAAACGUUACAACCUCAGAACAGAGAUGCGUUUUUCAAAACUUUGGCAAAGCUGGGAAUUCUUCCAGCUCUUGAAAUUGUAAUGGGAAUGGAUGAUCUGCAAGUUAGAUCUGCUGCUACAGAUAUAUUUUCUUAUCUAGUAGAAUUUAGCCCAUCCAUGGUCCGAGAAUUUGUGAUGCAAGAGGCCCAGCAGAGUGAUGAUGACAUCCUCCUCAUCAACGUGGUCAUUGAGCAGAUGAUCUGUGACACAGACCCGGAGCUGGGGGGAGCUGUGCAGUUAAUGGGGCUGCUGAGAACUCUGAUUGACCCAGAGAACAUGCUGGCCACAGCCAAUAAAACAGAAAAGAGUGAAUUUCUCAAUUUUUUCUACAACCAUUGUAUGCACGUUCUCACUGCUCCACUUCUGGCCAAUACAUCAGAGGAUAAAUGUGAAAAAGAUGCAGUAGUUGGAUCCACUAAGAGUAAUACAAUUUGUCCUGAUAAUUACCAAACAGCACAACUACUUGCCUUAAUUUUGGAGCUGCUUACUUUCUGUGUGGAACACCACACAUAUCACAUCAAGAAUUACAUUAUGAACAAAGAUUUGCUAAGAAGAGUGCUGGUAUUGAUGAAUUCAAAACACACAUUUCUGGCCUUGUGUGCUCUUCGCUUUAUGAGGAGGAUAAUUGGGCUGAAGGAUGAAUUCUACAACCGUUACAUCACCAAGGGAAACCUCUUUGAGCCCGUGAUCAACGCCCUGCUGGACAACGGCACUCGCUACAACCUGCUCAACUCUGCUGUCAUCGAGCUCUUCGAGUUCAUCCGCGUGGAAGAUAUUAAGUCCCUUAUUGCACAUAUAGUUGAAAACUUCUAUAAUGCACUUGAAUCUAUUGAGUAUGUUCAGACCUUCAAGGGACUGAAGACAAAAUACGAGCAGGAAAAGGACCGACAAAGCCAGAAGCUGAACAGUGUCCCAUCCAUAUUGCGUAGCAAUAGAUUCCGCAGGGAUGCCAGAGCCUUGGAGGAGGAUGAAGAAAUGUGGUUCAAUGAAGAUGAAGAGGAAGAAGGCGAAGCUGUUGUACCUCCAGUUGAGAAGUCAAAACAGGAGGACGAUUUUCCAGAUAGCUAUGAGAAAUUUAUGGAAACUAAAAAAGCUAAGGAGAGUGAAGACAAAGAGAAUCUUCCAAAAAGGACUUCAGCUGGGGGAUUCAAAUUCACUUUUUCCCACUCAGCCAGCGCAGCCAACGGUGCGAACGGUGCAAACAGCAAAUCCGUGGCAGCUCAGACAUCACCAGCCAGCUCCAACGGCUCCUCCUCCAAGAGCACGGCCCUGAGCCCGGCAGUGCCAGCCCCCAAGGGAAGUCUAGUUGGGCUAGUGGAUUAUCCUGAUGAUGAAGAUGAUGAUGAAGAGGAGGAGACAUCUCCAAGGAAAAGACCUCGUCUGGGUUCAUAAAAGAAACCAAAACUUUGGAAUAAGAACUUUUAUUAUGGGGUUUCAAAUGCUGCAACUGUUUUAAGAGCUAAAAAGAAUCUGAAUCAGAAAGCUUUCUCCCAUGAGUAUAUAAGAUAAUACAAGGAGUAGCAAAAGAAACUCGGUGUAUCAGCUAGAAAGGGUUAGUUCUGUAAACACAAAUCUUCCGAGGAACUUAAUGUCUUUCUAGAAAGUAAGGAGUCUGCCAUUCAGGCUGUCAAAAAAAAGAAAAAUUAAAAAAAAAGGUGGGUUAGUAUUCUCAGAACCUGGAUGAUGGCUUCUCAGCAAGGAAAGUCUCAGGUGUUGGGAGGGAAAGGGGGAGGGAAAGGUAUGGUAACACUUUUUUAAAAAUAUUGCAGGGUUUCCCCAUUGUUUAACAGAACUAGGAAAAAAAAUGCAAGCUUAAAUUUUGAACCCCGUAAUCUUAAUUUUGUAAUGGUGCUGUCAGUUGUGUUCUUUUAGCAAUGCCUCUUUUAAAAAAAAUUUAAGGGAAAACUAACUCCGUUUGCAUAAGAACAAUCCAUAUUUUGGGACCAUUUAUUACCAACUAAAAUGCAUUUCUCAUGAUUGGAGGGAGGGACGCUGCAGUUAUAGUGCAUGUUGAGUUGUUUAAAACAGUUCAAAUAAGUUUUAAUUUGUAUUUUCCAAGAGGAGAGAAUGGAAGCUGGAUUCAAAACGGAAGGUUUUGCUUGUUUUGUCAGUGAGACGUCCAGAAAUCUCGAUGGCAAGGAGCAGAGGCUUCCCAAGGCUCUGCAGGAGCUGCCUGUGUCAUGGUGGGGCUGCACCCAGCACAUCCUCAGCUUGGGCAGGGCCUGAAUUCCAACGUGCUCCACGUGUCCCAGGGGCUGCUCCUCAUGGGCAGCCCUUCCCCUGUUUGGGAGCUGCAUGCUUGAGGUGGGAAUAACAAACACUCCCAGCUUUUCCACAGUGAUGGACUGAGCAGCAUUUCACACCAAAGCAGUUUGGACCAAGACAGGAUUAUUGCCAGGAGAACACCUUGAGGGCUUGGAGAUGGGAUCCACAAGCAGCACCUGAACCUGGGGUGGUACAAAAGCUGCUUUUUUAAAACACAAAAGCACAUUCCACAUAGGUGAGUGAACUGUGACGGGAAUAGGGGAGCUCAUGGCAAGGUGACAGAGGCAAACAGUCCAGGUUUUAUUUUCAAGAGCAGCACAUGAACUGUAAAUAUUUUAAUGUUAGUUUGCCCAUAUGUGAUCUGAGAUCAUGACUGAGUGAGAGGAGAUUUCCCAGCGACUGUGUCAGAGAUGUUCAAGAUGGAACCAGCUGCAAUCCACCACAUAGAUCACUUGUAAUACGUGUUAUGGGUCCAUUUCUCCUGGAAUAGUUUAAACUGAAGCAGUUUCUCUGUUUUGGAGAUUUUUGUAGUUAGUUUUAAUUUUAGCUCUUGUUUGGAAAAGAUGGGCUGUCUGUGUAGAUAUGAAGUAUAGUUUUUUCCAUAAAACAGAAGUUUAUUUUGUAUUAAAGAUACCACUGUACUUGUUUUACACCAUUUGUAUACAUGUGGUGAUAUUAAUGCUGAACUGUAAAAUUCAGGAAUUAAAAUGUGACCCUGUAAUUCCAUAA